AUGAAUAAUUUUUUCCCUUCACAAUUCGCCUAUAUAAAUUCAAUGAGCCAUUUAAUGUAUAACUCCAAGACUUUUGAAUCAAAAUUAACAAGUCUGAAAUCCUCACGACCAAGAAGUGCAUAUUUCUCAUCAUCUCAUUCUUCAAUAUGCAAUCAUGAUACUUACCUUGAAACAUUGAAAUCUAAGCCGAUUCUUCGUUUUCCGUCAUCCUCACAAGUUAUUGAUUUUCAAUCAGAUGAUAUUUUCAAUUUUGUGGAAGCCAAAAGUCUUCACCCAAAAGAAAUUGAAUCUUCCUUAUCCCCCCCGUGAGUGAACAAAAAAAUUUUUUUUGCUCACGGAGGGGUUACUGUUUUUUUAAAAAAAUUUAUAUAGAAAAUUUAUAAAAAAAAUAUAUAUAGAAAUUUCCCUUAGAUGGCGCAGUUUGCCCUUGAUUUGCCUACUGAAAAAAUUUUUUGGUUCGACCAGUACCAUGUGGUUUGGUCAAACCAAAAAAUUUUUUCAGUGGGCAAAUCAAGGGCAAACAGUGUCAUCUAUGGGAAAAUUCUAUAUAUAAAGUUAUAAAAAAUAUUUUUUAUCGGAAUUUAAAAAAAAAUCCUAAUUCGCAGAAAUUGGAAAGCAAACAUUAAUUUAAUUUAUAAAACGCAAUUUGUUUAAAAUUAAAUAGAAUUAGCUCGAGAUGUCAUUAUAAUAAUUAUCACUUAUAUAUAAUUUUUUUUUCUGAAAAAUUUUUGUUAGCUGACGGAGGAUGGGUUUUUGGGCAAACAAUAGAGAUUUUUCUGAUGGUUUUGUUCACUCACGGAGGGGGGAGUUAGUGCCUAAAGGAGAAUUUCCUAGUGCUAAUUCUUAUUUUCAUCAAGCCUACAAAUUACGAUCUAAAGGAGAUUUCGAUAAUGCUUUAACUUAUUACAGACAAGCACUAAAUAUCGACCCAAAGCACUUGCCUAGCAGAGUAAAUAUAGGAAUUUGUAUGAUGAAAUUGCAUAUGAUAGAAGCUGCUAUAGAAAAUUUCAAAACUGUCGAAGAGCAAUAUAAGCAUGAAGGAAUUCCUUAUUUUAAUCAGGCGAUUUGUCAUAUGUAUUUACAAGAAUUUGACGAAGCUAUAAAAGUUUUGAACAUUCCGAUUAGAUUCUUAAGUGAAGAAGAAAAUAAAGAUUACAUUAGUUUGAAAGCUUUGGCGUUAUUUAGAUCUGGAAGAGUUAACGAAGCUUUAGAAUUAGUAAAAAGCAAAGCAGCAGUAGGAAAUAAUGAUAAAGAAGACUAUGAUAUGACGAAAUCUGCAUAUAAUUCUUUGUUUCCUUAUAAAAUCAGUAAUGCUUAUAAUGUUAGAAGGCCAAGAACUAAUAAUGGAGUCAGAAAAUUGCUAAGUGAGCUCAAGCCAAACGCGGGGAUAAAAAUAAAAGCAUCCAAACAAAGCAAGAUGGCUUCAGCGCGUACUGCAUCUUCUUUGAUCGGAAGCACAAGAAUUAGUUCAGCUGUAAAUACCCAAAGACCUAAAAAAACACCAAGAUUGGCAUCAGCAUAUCCAAAACUGAUGAGAACUGCACCUAGAAAAAGUUUUUUAACAGGCGGGCCAGAAACUACAAACGAUACCAAAGAAAUAAUUAUUUCUCCUAAAUCUGUGGUAUCAGUUAAUAACACAAUUACUGAAGAUCUCCCUACAUAUGAAGAAAUUGUGGCUAAAAAGCGUAUGUUUGAUGACAUGAUUGCUGAAAGCGAAGCUAUUUUGAGCUCAAUUGUACCAGUUUACCCUAAAAAAAAUGUAAUUGAAAAUCAAGAAAUUGGUUUUUUUCAAGAAGAAAUGGGAGAAAAAGUUGAUUAUAAACAAGAAAUUCUGAAUGAUGAAGAGAAAAAAGAAAAAAUUGAAAAAAUUAAAAAGGAAUUUCAGAGAGAUUUAGAAGACACCAAGUCUGUCUUUAUAGAAAAAUCUAAUUUAAUAGAAGAAAUAGUUACUGCUAAAAUCAGUAUACAGAAUUUACGAUAUAUUGAAGAGCAAUUUGCUAAAGAGCCAGAAGAAAGGAAUUACAGCGAAUUAAGCAAAAUUUUAGCAAAAUUGCCUUUUUUUGCUAAAUUUCCUGGAGGUGUUAGAGUGCAAUUAUUAAAAAAAAGUUUAUUUAAAAUAUAUAAUCCAGCCGCUACCAUUAUAAGUCAAGGAGAACUUGGAGAUUAUAUGUUUGUUAUUGUAAACGGAGCUGUAGAAAUUAAAAAAAAAUCUCCUGAUUUUGGAAGCUUGGAAAUUACUAUAAACUCUAUGUAUGAUGGUGAAACAUUUGGCGAGUUAGCUUUGCUAGCUGAUCCUACUGGGAUGACGGUUAAAAGAACCGCUUCUUGUAUAGCAAACGAAAGAACUAUGCUAAUUGCGCUAUCAAAAGAUGACUACAAGCAUAUUUUAUUAGAGCAAAUGCAAAACGAUAUUAUCGGAAAAGUCGAUUUUUUCAAAACCCUACCAUUUUUUACAGGAUCUGAAGGCUUGAGCUUGAUUCCUCUUGCUUCAAAUAUCGAACCUAUUAUUUACAAAAUAAACGAGCCUAUAAUCCAAGCUGGUGAAAUACCAAAAGGUCUCUAUAUAAUUUAUAAAGGAAGAUGCAUGGUAUAUUGAGAAGGAUAUUCUUUAAAGCCAAAAGAAAAAUCGUUAACCAUAAACCCUAGGCUCAGAAAUCCUAUCCCUCGGCCAUUCUUUACAGGAAAUUAUGUCCCUCCGACAGCAGAUAUAAAAGAAGAUCCUGAGCAGCUUGAAGAAAAAAUCAAUGAAAAAUUAUUUUACCGCACAAUUGAUUUAACAAAGCCCGAUGAGGUCGAAAAAGCUUCUAAUUUUUUAGGAACGAGCAAAAUAAGUGACCUUUCCAAGACAAAUUCCAUCUUUAAAGAAAGAAUUGAGUUUUAUAACUUAAAAGAAGGGGACUAUUUUGGAGCCAGAGGACUACUAGAAGGGCACACAGGUGAAAGCCAGAAUGGAGCAAUUAUUGCUGAGCCAGCCAAAUUUACAGUAGUUUCGGAAUCACAAGAAGUUAAAGUCUUUAUUUUGAGGAAAAAGCAUUUAGGCCUUUUAACAGAAAAAACAAUGGUAAAUCUUAUUUAGGAACAAUUAAAAAUUGUCCUUGCAAAUCAUUAUGAAAUUGAUUGCCCAAAACAAUGGUCGAAUGACUACUUACGCACUGCCUUUACAGAGUGGCAGUCUUAUAAGCUAGCACUUAUUCAAGAUAUUCACAAGGAAAGAUUUAUUGAAAAGAAUAAAACUCGGCUAUUUAUAUCAAAAAAAUAA